AUGGCCCAAGACGUCUCUCCUAACAAGACCACAGCGACAAAUCGUAGACGCAGCCGUGCCAAAUUCACGGAAGAUCAAUUGAAAAUCCUCGUCAACGCAUUCAACCAAAAACCUUACCCAGGUUACGCUACCAAAAAAAGACUUGCUUCAGAAAUCAACACUGAAGAGUCUAGAAUCCAGAUUUGGUUUCAGAAUCGAAGAGCUAGGCACCGAUUCCAGAAAAGAUCAGAACCUGAGGAGGACUUAAAAUCAAGCCAAGAUGAAGAUCACCAUGAAGAAAAGAUUCGAAGUAGAGAAGACAGACGGUGCCGUACCAGCUACACUUCCUCCCAGUUACACACCCUCAUCGAGGCAUUUAUGAAAAACCCAUACCCUGGGAUUGAUUCCAGAGAGCAACUUGCUAAAGAAAUUGGAGUUCCAGAGUCGAGAGUCCAAAUUUGGUUUCAAAAUCGAAGAUCUAGAUUCCAUGUCCAGAGAAAAAGAGAACCUGAUGAGGCCUUAGAACAGAGACAAGACCAGGGACAAGAUCCCUGAGGUAUAGGAACUAAACAAAAUGGCACCAAUCUCACUAUCGACUGUCUUAUUUCUCCAGAGAUAGAACAAGGUGGACAGAGAGACAAAUUCAGAGUAUUUGAUGUCAUCAGCCUAGGCUCCAAAUAUUUCACUCUUCCUGGUUACA